GCUUAAGACUCUUUAAAGUAUGUUUAAAGAGCGCCUAAACCAGAGCAAACCUCAUAAAAGGGCUUUCAGUACCAUUGAUCAGAAAUGGCCAAGAGACAAGAGACCAACGCCCCGAGAUCCAUACAGCUCCCUGCUCACGCACUACCUUCACCUCACAUCGAAAUAUGAAUUGCGAAAAGGUUCAGUUAUGCUCAUUGUCAUGGCUGCACAUUACCCCAGUGCUUACAGAAAAGACACUUCUCUUAUUUCGGUUGAUACUUUGGUUUAUGUUGUGGGUUUUUUCCCCCCCCAGGUCUCAUGGCUAUAUUUGAUAGUGAUACUUUCUCUGUUUCCUCCGUUCCGCCUAUGGCUGAAUCCCAAAUACCUUGCUUUCUAACACGUAGUAGACUACAUCGAGUGUAGAAGCCAUUAUAACAGGCCCCGUGUAGUGCACUUGUGAAAGAAGUAUGGAGUCUAAUCAGGAUUCAGCCUUCACUUCAGACUGGCUUUAUGUCUGGCCGGUAGCGCUGUAAACGGACAUGCGCGGUCGCCAUGUUACCAAGUUCUCCUCCCCCUUUCGGUCUCGUCACAGGCGGCUAGCACUAGCACAGCUACAUUACAAGGCGAUAGCUGGGGAAGAAGAUAGCAACUGGUAUAACUAAACGCUGGAUUAAAACAAAGAGGCGGAGAAAUGGAAUAAACAAGUCUUGCGAUAUCGUUAACUUACGUGAAUCCAGUCUGCCGACCUGCCAUCGUCGAGGGGUUGUAUGAUUUUUCGCUUCAUAUAACAUUAUAUUCAAAAUGCGACUUGCAGUCUGUUAGCUGUAACUGAUAGAAUAUAGUGUCGAUGUAUGCAGUUGUAGCUCGCGUUGUCUGAUAUUAAUUAAUUGCGACGUUUAAUUCUUACUGUCGCUAUUAUUUAGGCAAAAAUAACAGACGAGGCAUGUUAAAUUGACGAGCUUCUAACACACGUAUCCGAUAAACAGCCCAACAAAACGCUGUUGGCUACAUUUGUGAGCUAGCAUUACUCAACGACGACUGUUUUUAACUUAGCCAGCCCGCUAGCAUAUUAGCGCGCGACCUGGCCGUGGACAUUGUUAAAACAGACAGAACCAAAGUGGAAUUAUCGGAUCCUGGCUGUUUGUGAAAGCGAACAUUUAGUUGUAUGUGGAAACUACUUGGGCGAGGUGACUCUUGUUAUAAAGGGCCUGUCAACACGGCAGUUCUUCUAGUCUGUAUUUACAACUCUGCCAGAGACCACCUAGAAAUGCAUCACCCUGAGUUGGCAGCAGAUUCAGCGAGCGCUCGAAAAAUGGCGCAGGCGGCCAAUUGUCCCAGACGGGCCACCGCUAACAGUGCCGGUGGACCUUCCUCUGCGUUGACUCCAUCACCGGCGGGUGUCAGCCUUAGCAGCAACAUGAUUCCAUCAGACGACUAUAAACCUUCAGCGCUGAUUCAACCCCUGCCCACUGUCGCGUCCUCACUCGGGACUCAGCACCCUCCUCCUCCUCCUCACAGCCUCAACAUCCACUCGCAGUCCUCGCUUUUGCCCCCAGGUGUGCCCUCAUCAGGCGCACAGAUAAAAAAGAAGAGUGGCUUUCAGAUCACUAGUGUUACCCCGGCGCAGAUCUCUGUCAGCACAAAUAACAGCAUUACAGAAGACACCGAGAGUUGUGAUGACUUGGAUGAAUCCCAUACAGAAGACCUUUCCUCUUCUGAAAUUUUGGAUGUGUCCUUGUCCCGGGCUAAUGAUGCGGCAGGACCUGAGAGGAGCUCUUCGGAAGACACUCUAAACAACCUCCAUGAUGCAGAAACCCCAGGAGCUGUGUCCCCAAACCAACCACCGUUACUCCCCCAGACACACGGCACAAUGGUUAAUGGUGCAGUUCACCAUCACCAUCAUACUCAUCACCACCACCACCACCAUCAGCUUCACUCUGCUCCCUCUGGUGGUACUCAUUCGGCUUCAUCAACUUCAGGUGGGACACAAGCUGGCAUCCCACUUGGUAAUGUAGUCAUGUCUACUGUCACACCAAACCCUGGAGCUUUACCAAUCAUAGACCAGAAAAUGCCUUCAAAUGUGGGAGGACUGGUGGAUAAUUCCACUGUUGGCACAGUCAGUGUUGGUCAGCCCUUGAUUGCUGCUCCCCCAGGAAUGUCUGCUGGAAUGGCUUCUGCAGCAUCAGGUGCUACAGUUAGUGUUAAGCCCUUAACAAGCAAUGUUAAUAAUUUAAACUCCAGUGUGCCUGGUUUGGGUGGUAUAAAUACAAACAGUAGCAGUCUAGCUCUGUCCGCUGGCUUGAAUAAUACUAAUAACCAAAAUGUAAACUUAAUGCGUCAGCAAAGCAGCAGUGUAAGUAGUGGCAUCACUAUACCUACUGGCACUGCUGCUUCUGCUGUUAUUGGGUCAUCAAGUGGAAGUCAUGUGGGUGUCACUGACAUUCAACCACCUUCUGCUGCCCCUGCCUCAAAUGCUCAGCCUCAACAGACCCCAAUGCCUGCUCCUCAUACCACCAGCUCACGUUUCCGAGUAGUUAAAUUGGACUCUACUUCAGAGCCGUUCAAGAAAGGUAGAUGGACCUGCACAGAGUAUUAUGAUAAAGACGGUUCUGGAUCCUCCGAAAAUGCGCCUAGCACCCGAACAGUGGAGAGCAUCCGCCAGUUUGUACCUGACAGCUCGGAGAGAGAGACUGCUAGUGUCAGCUCAGUCAGCACUCUAAGCCACUACUCUGAAGGUGUAACCAGUGGGGAUGUUGGUGGCUCUUCAGCUGUACAGCAGAGCUUUCCACCACCUGUUCACAUGCCAGAGUACUCCAUGCCUGCUAAUGUCUCCAAGCCUCAGAUGCAUCCACACAAGAGGGCCAACACUGCCACUCCAGUGCCAGGUAGCAAUCAGCAGCAGGCUCCUGUCAACACAGGAGGCUUGCAGACAACAACUGGCCACCCAUCUCCUGCCGUGCCUGCACAGCAACUGACGUAUGCUCAGACAGUAAAGCUGACUCCAGCUCAGAAUGUGUCUGGAGUCACUCAGCAGCAAAUGGCCUACCCUCCUGCUCCACAGCCAGCUGCAGCAGCCCAGGUAGCUCCCGUGCAUGUCGCCUCGCUAAGCCAAGGAGGUAGCCGGCCAGCUGAUUUCGCCCAGUCUCAGCAGAUAAUCCAGGUUGCAGCUUCUGGAUCAACACAAGCCCUGCCCCACCUGCCAACCUCCAUGACCCCUGUAACCUUAACUGGCAAUGGGCAGGUGAUGCCAGCCACUCAGCCACCUGUGGGCAACAUGCCUGCCUCUGUGGCUCAGUCAGUUACUCAAGGUAAACUGCAACCCCAGCAGAUGCCGCAGCUGGUACAGUCUACAGGGCCUGGAGUUGUACAGCCGCCUCCAAAAGGGCCACAACUCUCAACACAGCUCUCUGUGGAGCAGCAGACGCCUCACAGCAGCCAAGGCAUAGGAGCCCAGUUUGUCCCUGUUACUUCAAGUUUGCCCACAUCUAAUGUGCCUCUCAGCAUCCAGAGUGAUCCUCAGGGCAGCUUGGUCCAGAAUGGCUCCAAGGAUGGUGGGGCCCAGCCUGCUGUCAGUGCCCUUUAUGCCACCCUUCCCUCGCUAAUGGAGGAUGCUCAACGCCUUCUAACCCAGCACCCGUCCCUGCUUACACUUCCCAAGUUAGCAACUGGUGAAAGUGCCUCACAAAGUGGCACCUCUUUAGCUGCUGAGGAGAGUGGUGGAGUCAGUGCCUUAACUGCCUCAGCCAGUCUGCUGAAGAACUUGCCUGUAGAUGGAGAUGAUGAUGGUUCUUCAGGUGCCAGUGUUGUGGCCAUAGACAACAAAAUCGAACAAGCAAUGGAUCUAGUGAAGAGUCACUUGAUGUAUGCUGUUCGAGAGGAAGUGGAGGUGCUGAAAGAGCAGAUCAAAGAACUGAUAGAAAGAAACUCUCAGCUGGAGCAGGAAAACAACCUGCUGAAGAAUUUAGCCAGUCCAGAGCAGCUGGCACAGUUUCAGGCCCAAGUUCAGAGUGGUUCUCCACCCUCAUCCAUGCAGGGAGCACAGCCAUCAGCAAUGCCAGUGCAGCAGCUCCCUACGCAGAACUCUGGACCCUCGGUGUAACGUCCAGUUUUCCUGUAACGAGGAAUGAGUGGUCAACUGAGCUAAGGCAGACUUCACUUACAGAACACGUAUGCCUCUUUUCACAAGAGGAUUGUCAAAGUUUGCACAUAUUUAAAGUUUAAGAACCUGACAAAGACCACAAUGCGUUGCUGUACACACUGCUGACAGUCCAGUAGGUUGCUGACAUGUUGGAUAUUGCCAAACUCCAUGGAUUGUGACUUGGGAGAAAGAAAAUUCAAAGUGGACACAACUCAAAUCACUGUGCCUGUGUCUAAAGGAUUUUAAGCGAUGUCAUUUUUCAGUGGUAACUAUGGCUUUGUAAAGGUGUUUCCAUACCUCACUUACUUUUGUAGUGGAAAUGCUGAUAAGUCUUUUUUUUAAGACUCCAAAAAGCAAGCACUUUAAUGAUGACAAAUGUGAAAAUUCUUUGUUGAACAACUAAUCAGUGCACCAUCAGCCAUGUGGAAGGUGUAUGGGAUGGUCUCUCAGUUAUUUGCAUUAGGGUCAUCAUUAUACCUGGGUGAAUGAAGGGAGUAAAGUUGCCAAGGAGGGAGGUAUUCAUUUUCAGUAUUUAACAUUGAAUUCCUUAUUCGAUCUGUUGCGACUUAAAAGCUGCUGUUUCAGUGCAGUGACUCUCAAGAAUCAGAGGAAAAAGAUGUUGAUCUGAGAGAAUGAAUGAAUGUGGGCUUCUGUAUAUCCUUUGUAUAUUUAGUGUAUGUAAUCUGUAAAAUAGUGAUAUUGUGAGAAACACUAAGAGACUAUUUAGGUUGUACAAACUAAAGACAGGGUUGUUGGUUUGCCUGAGAUAUUUGACAUUUUUCUUUUUUUUAUGCUGUUAUACAAGAAUGGAGGUUUCAGUCUUUUAAGAUAUUUACAGGACAAAAGACAACUACUCAACUUCCUGGCUGUGUUAACACCUACUGUAAACCUUGUUCACUUGAAGUUAUUUGAAGUAUAUUGCACCCAUGUGAUUUUGUUUUUGACAGUGAAGUACUCUGGAGAUCAAACCUUCAACUUAGUUAUUCUGAAUAUCAUUAAUAACUAAUAUGCAUUAUUAUUGCAUUAUAUAUAAGUUGUAUGCUUUAUGUUGCGUGCAUGUCUCAAAACUGGUGGUAAGGUGUAAAAUAGUUCAAUUGCACUUCACAACUCCCAAUAAAAUGUUUAAGGAA